UUGGCGCUUUGAAGGCACCGUGACGUCACGGAUUCCAGCUGUGUAUACAUUUUUGUGUCAGACGUUCUCCAAUUACGCAAGAAAUCACUCGAAUGCGAUGAAACAUGAAGUUUCUUUCGACGGAUAGGUGCUACAUUUGACGUGCAAAUUCCAUAGACGACUGCCGGUGAUAUUUUUCAACGAGGCAACGCAAUUCUUGAGCUGAGCGAUCGCCGAGGCGAGCGUGUCGUGUUGCUUGCACAUUCAACCCCUUGACUGGAACCGCGUACAGCUCUGUAUAGUGCAGCAUGAGCAAAUCACACAUGUACACCACGGCAAAUCUGACGGACAAGGAGCUGAAAGACCAGGGCAACCGGCUCUUCAACCUCAAGAAAUAUGACGACGCCAUCAACUGCUACACAAAAGCCAUUAUCAAAAACCCCAACCAGGCCACGUAUUUUACUAACAGGGCCUUAUGUUACCUCAAAAUGAAGCAGUGGGACAGGGUCGCACAGGACUGCCGUCGUGCCCUGGAGAUGGACCCGAACCUUGUGAAAGGACACUUUUUCCUUGGUCAGUCUCUCCUCGAAACAGAGAACUACGACGAGGCUACCAAGCAUUUACAGAGGGCAAGCGAUUUGGCGAAGGAGCAGAAGCUCAACUUCGGCGAUGACAUCGCGGGCCAGCUCAGAAUGGCGAGAAAGAAGAGAUGGAAUCUGCAGGAAGAGAAGCGAAUUGCUCAAGAAAUCGAACUUCAGUCUUAUCUUAAUCGUCUUGUCAGGCAAGACUUUCAAACCCAACUUGAGAGUUUGCAGGCUGAAGGGUUGAUGGAGGAGCAAGCCGCAGAAAAAGCAAUGGAGCUAGAAAAUCAAUGUGAUAAUUACCUAGGAGAACUGAAUGCGAUAUUUGCGAAAAUCGACGAAAGACGGAGGAAGAGAGAAGUUCCUGAUUAUCUUUGUGGAAAGAUAAGCUUCGAGGUCCUGAGAGACCCUGUCAUAACCCCAAGCGGAAUCACAUAUGAGAGAAAAGACAUCGAAGAACACUUACAGCGGGUCGGCCACUUUGACCCUGUGACGAGGGUGAAGUUGACCCAAGAUCAACUGAUUCCAAACUUUGCGAUGAAAGAGGUAGUUGACAAUUUCCUCCAGGAGAAUGAAUGGGCACACGACUAUUAAAGACGCCGCCACAUUUUUUUUCAUCCCACUCGUCCCACUGUUAGUUUGCGUCCACAAUAAUUGUGUUUGGCUUUUACAACAGAACAAAAUUUUGCCUGGUGCCAUAGCUUGUAAAUACCUCCCUGACUAUUCAAGAACUCGCCGCCAAUUUUGAGCAGGACUUCAACUAGACAACAAGCUUACGUUGAAACUUUUCUGCACAAAUUUUGAAUACUCAGUACGAAUUAGGCGUGGAUUUAUGUACAUUAUUUUGCUAGCUGUCUGCUGUAACCCUCCCACUCUCGUCUCAAUUGAUUCAUAUUUAUAUUCUGGUACAAAGUUUUUAAAAAAUGGCACCCUUAAAUUAAUACGGUAUGGACCGCUGUAAAUGUUGGAUUAAUAUCAGAAUGUUGAUAUUUUGAAAAUAAAUCUGUUCAUUUUUCGCUUAUUGCCCUGAGAAGCGUUCGGUGUUUGGUAAAAGGAUAUCUCAAGUUUUGGUAUUCUCAGGGUAUGGCCUGUACGAUCAUCAUUUAUGGAAGAUAUAAUAUGCCACGCGAGUUAAUCCUGAACGAAGGCUGGCUGAAAAAGAGGCAUUCGUGCGUUAGGCAACUGAAGUGCUUUUAGCUUUUUAUUGUAAAUAAAUGUACAUGAUUUUAAUUACUCAUAAAAAUAAAAUUUCAACGCGA